AUCAGCAAAGAUUGUAGAUAUCAGAUUACAGCCGCUUAAGACCAUUCGAGCGUUUUAUAGUCGGUCAGUGUCGACUCAACCGUUAUUCUAGUAUCUCACACCUGUAGUGAGUUGACACAAUUCGUCAUGAGUCUUCCGGAACUUUUUAAGUCCAAGAUCUGUUGGGUCGUCACAGCUGUAGUUGUCUUAGCCAUCGUCAUUGGCUUGGCUGUUGGGCUUAGUAGAUCAUCAGCAGCAUCAGUAAAGGGUAGCCUGCUUGUGAAAACCAGAAGUCUAAUGCAAGUACAUGAACUGAAUGACAAUGAGUUUAGUACAAUUGUGUAUGAACCUGUCUACGGCAUAGUAGCUUUUGAUGCCUACCCAGAGAAAACUGUUUACUAUACCACAACGAAGCCUAGUGGAGGGAUUAAUUCGUCUGCAAAUGAGAAAUAUCCGCAAAUCACGCAGUACACGACGAAUUGGACGACAACUGCAUUGGCGGUAGACUAUGUCAACGACAAGUUGUUCGUACUGGACAGUGUAGAUGCUUCAUUAUACGUGAUGGACACCGAAGGAAAAUAUUACAAGACCAUAACAAACAAUCUCAAAAAUCCCAUCGACAUAGUUUUGGAUCCCUACGAGAGGCUUCUGUUUGUCUUGCAAGAAUCAUCCAUUCUUCAAAUAGACGGUUUUUCUGUGACUGAAGUAGUAACGAAGUCUAAUCUAAAAGCGCUGACGAUCGACCGUUCGUCCAAGACUCUGUACUACAGUACUAGUGAAUUCAUUGAAAGUUACAACUACAGCUCUAAAGACCACACAACGGUGUUGCCUCGAAAGGUCGACAUACCUAGUCUGGCAGCCAUAGACAACAUUUUGUUCUUUCUGGAAGUGACCAAGACAACGUCGAAGCCUCUGCCCUUAAGAACCAUUUUAAAGUCGUGCCAAUUGACUAAUGGAAUCUGUGGUGAGUUAAAGACGGAGUACAACGACGACACGUUGCAGUCGAUAAAAAAGUUCGAGAAGGAGAUACUCUCAAAGGCAAACCCAUGCAACGAGAAGAACGGCGGCUGUGAGCAUCUGUGCAUCUUAUUAUCCGAUAAGACAACCACAUGCCUCUGCAACGAAGGCUGGAAGUUGAACAAAGACAAUACUACUUGCACGAAAAAUGCCUAAGUUACGAAGAUCUGAACAAUGUACUUUUACUCAUUUGUGUGAAGUUAAGAAAAAAUAAGUAGUUACACUGAUUAAUACUGUAAACAAAUACUUAACAUCAACCGUGUUCCUCGCAUAGAAAACAUCAAAUUAUGUACACGUUAUAAGGUAGUGAGAGAUUUCAUUGAUUGUUGUAGUUAUUGUGUUAUUAAAUAUGCUUGCAGAGAUAAGAUGAAAAAGUAA